AAAUACCAUUUUUCCAAUAAUUACCCCCGCAUCAUAACCCGACACCCCCCACGACUCUUGCUCAUUUCGACAACCCCCAACCAUAGUUUCCUCUCUCAUUCUCUGAAUCAACAGGAAACCCUAGCUCGCCAAGCCUUGUUCGCGAUCUCGAUUGUUUUCGAGUGGGUUCUUCGUCGGAUUCUGAGUGAUUGUGGUCGAGUUGAGUUCUUGGAGCGUUGGGUUUAGGGUUCUUCCAACCCUUGCUACACUGUUCUUCGAUUGGGUUCUUCACUAGAAAGCAAAAGAAAUGGAGUUGAAUUUCGAUGGCUCAUACCUAAUCACAUGAUUUAAACGAUUUUCAUCAAAUUGUACUAAAAUUGGCGAACUUGGAGGUUGGAUUGGUAAUUUGAGAGCAAUGGCUGUAGUUGCUUCUGCUCCUGGAAAAGUUUUGAUGACUGGGGGUUACCUCAUUUUGGAGAGACCAAAUGCGGGUAUUGUGCUCAGUACAAAUGCUCGAUUCUAUGCAAUUGUAAAGCCAAUCUAUGAUGAUGUCAAGCCUGAUAAUUGGGCAUGGUCAUGGACAGAUGUGAAAUUAACAUCUCCCCAGCUCUCCAGAGAAACUGUGUACAAGUUGUCACUAAAAGAUUUAAUGCUCCAAUGUGUCUCAUCAAGUGACUUGAGGAACCCUUUCAUAGAGCAAGCAGUGCAGUACUCUGUGGCUUCUGCACAUGCAAGAUUUGACAAGAAUAAAAAGGAUAUGUUACGGAAACUACUUUCGCAAGGUCUUGAUAUAACAAUAUUGGGUUGCAAUGAGUUUUAUUCUUAUCGAAAUCAGAUUGAAGCGCGUGGGCUCCCUCUGACACCAGAAGCACUGGCUGCUCUUCCACCUUUUGCAUCAAUUACUUUUAAUGCAGAGGAAUCUAAUGGAGAAAAGUGCAAGCCUGAAGUUGCAAAAACUGGGUUGGGUUCCUCUGCUGCCAUGACAACUGCUGUGGUUGCUGCUUUACUACAUUACCUUGGGGUUGUUCAUCUUCCCUCCUUGACUCAAGGUCAACAUCAAGAAAAGGAUAGAGUGGAUCUUGAUUUGGUGCAUGUGAUAGCUCAAUGCGCACAUUGCAUUGCGCAAGGGAAAGUGGGCAGUGGAUUUGAUGUCAGUUCUGCAGUUUAUGGCAGUCAACGUUAUGUCCGAUUUUCACCAGAAGUGCUUUCUGCUGCCCAGGUUGCAGUGGAGGGGAAGCCAUUACAAGAGGUUAUUGGUGAUGUACUUGGAGGAACAUGGGACCAUGAGAGAACCAAGUUUUCCUUGCCACCAAUGAUGACACUUUUAUUAGGAGAACCAGGCGCUGGCGGAUCAUCCACGCCAUCAAUGGUAGGUGCUGUGAAGAAAUGGCAAAAAUCGGAGCCUCAGAAGUCUCUGGAAACAUGGACAAAGUUGUUGGAAGCAAAUUCAGCACUUGAACAACAGCUCAAUAGCUUAAGCAAAUUGGCAGAAGAACAUUGGGAUGCAUAUAAAUGUGUCAUCAAGGGUUGUAGCAUGCUUAGGUCAGAAAAGUGGAUGGAGCAGGCUGUUGAGCCAAACCAAAAAGCAGUUGUUAAAGCAAUGUUAGGAGCAAGAGAUGCUAUGCUUCAGAUCAGAUGUCAAAUGCGCCAGAUGGGCGAGGCAGCCGGCAUUCCGAUAGAACCUAAAUCACAAACUGAGCUUUUGGAUGCUACAAUGAACGUGGAAGGAGUUUUGUUUGCUGGAGUUCCUGGAGCUGGUGGGUUUGAUGCAAUCUUUGCUGUCACUUUGGGGAAUUCUAGCAGCAAUGUGACAAAAACAUGGAGCACACUCCAUGUUCUGGCCUUGUUAGUGAGAGAAGAUCCUCAUGGUGUUUCAUUGGAAAGCUGUGAUCCACGGGCCAAGGAAAUUACAUCAGCCAUUUCGUCAGUUCAUCUGGAGUAACCCCAUCAUUUAUUUAAAAAAUGAGUAUUAUUUUGGUUUAGGUAGUAAAUGUGGUUUUUUGGCAUUUUUCUUAGUAAUAAAAGAAACUAGAAGUGUGAUCCCCUUUAGCAAAAGAUGUCAAAAGUUUUGAAGGCUGUUUUAAACAUGAGGCUAAAGAGAUUCAGCAAACAAUAAAGUGGGUUAUCCGCCUGUUGUAAUAUUAUUGAAUGUUGUAAAAUGUGUACUUACACUUGGAUGUCUUGACGCAAGUUUUACCGUCUAUGAGGAAGCCCUAAGGCUGGUGGUUUUUUUAUUCCCA